AUGUUGCCAUCAGGGGUUGUCAUAGUGAAUAGAUCGGUAGCAUUUCUUGGAAACAUGCCAGAGGAUUCCCUCGAUGUCCACUCCAUCCCUGGCUUCAUUAAGAGAAGCAUGGGUGAUGCAUUGCGCGAUUCUGGCGGUGCAUAUCUGGGCAACAAGACAGUCUCCAUGAUGAGAAUUUUGUCUCGUCUUUUAGAGAUUGUCUUUGAGCAGCUCCGCGGCGUGAGAUUCGAGGAUGCGAACACCAUCGCCUUGCAUCUGCAGCGGCAUCACACUCCCAAUAAUCAGCUUCGGGGGAUUCAGCCCAAGCAAUAUGUUGUGCUGGAAAAUGAAGGGUGUACCCAAUAUCAUAUCAUAACUCUGAUACAGCCGGUCUAUAGUAUCGACAUAGAUCUCUUGGAGCAUCUGCUGCCACAGACACUCCAUCCUAUUCGGAGAGGUCCGCUGGUUCUCGUACCAGCUGGGGAUGUUGAAGCAAAGCUCCAGGAUGUGGGAUACAAGUAUCUGGGUUGUGAAUCUUCGUUCUCAGUUGUGUAUCAGAACAUGCGGACUGCGCAAAGCACACUGGAAGUGCUGGACCAGAGGUGGCUGGUCCUCCGCAUCUCCAUAGUACUCGGUGCAGUCUUGCAGAACCUGUUCAACAUGCAGGGGAAUGGCAUUCCCCAUCACUUCAGGAAUAUCCCCAUUUUUGAGAUUGCGCUCGAAAAGACGGGUGGCAUACCACUCAGCGACAUUGAACAUUGGGUCUAA